GGAGCUCGGAGUCUCUGUUUCCUGUCGAGAGCUGUCUUUGUCUACUCAAAGACUCAGAGAGGAGGAACCUGUCCGCCGUGCAGCUGCUGCGGAUGUUGGUACAUGAGCGGAAGACUUCCUGCUGCAGGUGGAGGAAAGGAUCGAGUCCCGGAGCUGAGCGCGAUGCUCACCGAGCGGUUCGCGGCUGCGGGGGAGCAGAUCCUCGCGGGGCUGGAGGAAACCUUGUUAGAGUCCGAGGAGCGAGUGGAGCGGACAGAGCGGUCCCAGCGGGAGAUCUGCCGCCAGAGGAGGCUGCUCGAUGCCGCGAUGCAGCCCGUAGUCCGGCUGCACAGAGCAGGGUGUCCUGCAGACGUCCAGCAACUGAUGGUGAAUAAAGACGAGGUUCCCCCUGAGCAGCAGCAGUGGAGCCCCCUUGUGGACCAGGAGGACCCAGAUUCCCCCAACAUUAAAAAGGAGCAGGAGGAACCGUGGACCACUCAGGAUGGACAGCAGCUUCAAGGACUGGAGGAGGCUGAUGUCAAGUUCACAUCGGAUCCUGUCGCUGUGAAGAGUGAAGAAGAUGAAGAGAAACUUAAAUCUUCAAAGCUUCAUCCGAGUGAGAGGAAGGAGAACAGAGCGGACUUUGGAGGACCAGAACCAGCCAGGAACUCAGGUCCUGAUGUACUUUUACAACCAGGUCCUGAGGACAAGGCUGAAGACUCUUCUGAGACUGAAGUCAGUGAGGAUGAUUGGAUGGAGCCUCUAAGUGAUAUGGAAUGUAAGACAGAAAAAAAAACGUUUUGUUGCUCUGAGUGUGGUAAAAGAUUUCACCAGAGGGGUGAUCUAAAUAGACAUGAGAGGAGUCAUACAGGAGAGAAACCGUUUAGUUGCUCUGAGUGUGGUAAAAUAUUUAGCCAUAGGAGCAAUCUCAAUAGACAUAUGAGGAUUCAUACAGGAGAGAAACGGUUUAGUUGCUCUGAGUGUGAUAAAAGAUUUAGCUAUAGGGUCCAUCUAAAUACACACAUGAGGAGUCAUACAGGAGAGAAACCGGUUAGUUGCUCUGAGUGUGGUAAAACAUUUAGCCUCAUGGGCAGUCUAAAUAUACAUAUGAGGAGUCAUACAGGAGAGAAACAGUUCAGUUGCCCAGAGUGUGGUAAACGAUUUAGCCAUAGGUGCAGUCUCAAUACACAUAUAAGGAGUCAUACAGGAGAGAAACCGUUUAGUUGCUCUGAGUGUGGUAAAACAUUUAACAUAAGGGGCAAUCUCAAUACACAUAUAAGGAGUCAUACAGGAGAGAAACCAUUUAGUUGCUCUGAGUGUGAUAAACGAUUUAGCCAUAGGGGCCAUCUAAAUACACAUAUGAGGAUUCAUACAGGAGAGAAACCGUUUAGUUGCUCUGAGUGUGGUAAAACAUUUAACAUAAGGGGCAAUCUCAAUACACAUAUAAGGAGUCAUACAGGAGAAAAGCAGCUUAGUUGCUCUGAGUGUGAUAAACAAUUUGGCCAUAGGUGCCAUCUAAAUAGACAUAUGAGGAUUCACAGAAAGGGUGAUCUAAAUACACAUAUGAGGAGUCAUACAGGAGAGAAACGGUUUAGUUGCUCUGAGUGUGAUACAAGAUUUAGCCGUAGGGGCAAUCUCAAUAGACAUAUAAGGAGUCAUACAGGAGAAAAGCAGUUUAGUUGCUCUGAGUGUGGUGAACGAUUUUACAGAAGGGGUGAUCUAAAUACACAUAUGAGGAGUCAUACAGGAGAGAAACGGUUUAGUUGCUCUGAGUGUGAUACAAGAUUUAGCCGUAGGGGCAAUCUCAAUAGACAUAUGAGGAUUCAUACAGUAGAUAAACCGUUUAGUUGAUCUGAGUGUGAUGAAAGAUUUUAGAUCCAGUCCUUUUGUACGAGACAUGUGAGGAUUCAUAAAGGAGAGAAGUGAUUCAGUUUCAACCUUUGCAUCAAAAGUUGAUUUAUCAGCAGAUAUUCAUAUUAUACAUAUUCCUAGUUCACUGUUUUAAAUAGACUAUUAAUAGUUUCUAUGUCCCUAGAAAAUAGCACUCAUUGAAUAACACUAAAGAUUUGUGUUUAUAUAUCUUAAAUUCGCCUAAAGCGCCUGUUUGAGGACACCCAAAUUAUAUUGAAAGCUGUUUUUGAACCAUUUGGAGUACAUGUAUGAUCUUGGUCUCUUUUGAAAGGUAACAUUCUGAACUCUUGGACCAGCUGGACACUGUUGGGAAAUUUCAUUGGCUAAACGAUACGCCAGUUAUCAGAACAAUAGGUUGGAAUUGGCUCAGCCUUUACAUGUCAGAAGAGGGGCACGCUCUUUCCAACAACAAGGUGCCUCGUUGGCUUUUGCAGGCUGUGGACAGCCCAUGCCAGAACUUAUUGGGUCAAGUUUAGAUUGACAGCUCACUUGAACCAAUAGGAUAUGGCUAUCCACCAUUUUGAGAUCUUUGUUUACAUGCACACAGAGUUACAAGUAAGAGUACCUCCCAGUUUACACGGAGGAGAUUGCUGCGCUGACAUUAUGCACCAGCUGACAGUGGCUAUUCUUUGAUGUAAUAGUGUGAUGUACCUAGCUGUACGACGCAGUUCUGUAAAUAACAAUGUUUGACGCUGAUCUGUAAAACAGCGCAGCUGGACGGCGCCUGCGGGGGUUAGGGCUCAGGUUAACUAGUUCAUAUGAUUAAAUGUUUUUUUUAAAUAAUGGUUUAGGGUUAGGGUUGAGAUUCAAUGACAGUGUGUGUUCUCCUUUAUGUAUUGAAUGUGUUUCCAAGAAUAAAAGUCUAAUAAAAAAAGAUAA